GAGUUGGUUACUUGUCUCAGUCUGCAUCUACCUGUCCAUACCACCACAUCAGCACCCAACGGCAUUUGGAUUAUCCCUAUCUUUUAAAAACAAACACGCAACAUGUUUUCCGUGAAGCUUCUAAGCGCCUUACUGCUGAUCACAGCUGGCUCGUGUUCAGCCCAGUUUGACGACGGAGGAUUUCCGGAUGUCCUCAAGCAAUCGGCUUUUGAGGAAAUCAUCGGCAACUAUUACGCCUUCGAUCCUUUCCUGCAGACUGGCCGCAAAGGUCGCGAAUUGAACGGCGCCAGAGACGAAUUGCAGUUUUCGGCCAUUGAUCCGAUCUUCGAGUCCUCACCGCAGACCAACACCAACGACGAUUCGACUUACUAUUCCAUCCCGCCAGCUUUUACCCCAUCCGAAUCUAAAGACCGGGACGAAUUCCAAGACUCGGUCAUCUCACCAGCACUCGUCACCAGAACCGCACCGGUCCAACACGACAUACGACAACUCAACGACCUACAAAACAACAGUCCGUUCAAAUUCGAAACGGAAUUCAAUAGCUUUGACAGCGACGACUACCCACAGUAUCCCCCCUUCUUGACUGAGCAAUCAGCUCGACAGCAGCAGCAGGCGCAGCAGCUGUCGCCGGACGCCACCCCGGAGAGAAGUCUCCCCAAAUAUGUUAUCGGAGUCGCUAGCCAAGAUGGAACGGAGGACAACUUUUUUGACACCAAGCCAGCACAUCACGCGCCAACUGUUAGACGUCAUUCACUUUACAGGGACCAAUUCGUCAGACGCCCCAGCGCCCAGCCCCAGCAACUGCUGCUUGACGAGUCGCCCUUCGCCCGCCGGUCGCUACGCUACGCCAAUGCUAAUGAAGAGCCGCGUUACAAUCGCCCCAGAUCUAAUCGUCGAUCGACGGCCGAAGAAAUCCGAAGAUACAGCAGGAAUAUCCGCAACGGACAUUACAUCGCUUCCAAGGUUUUGUGGAGGGACCCUCAUUCUCUGGCUGACGGGCAGCUGCGCAACCGACGAUUCCUCGGUGUCAUCCGACCUUCCGUUUACGCUGAUUAACUCUUAAUAUUU